CACCGGUUGUGGUGACUCUGCCAAGCUCCGUGACAAAGAAGGAUGUCCAGGGUCUGAGACCUGGAACUAACUACAAUGUGACUCUCAAAGUCUUCUACUUCUACAUGGUAGCGUGUUUUGAUACAACUGAGGCGUCCACAGUCCCCGACACGGCACAGAUCGAUACUGGCCAGGCACUGACAAGUUAUUCCAUCUUUGUGAAAUGGACUGCUGUACCGUCGGCACAGUACUACUUUCUGAUGGUGGUCUCUCAGGCCACUGGACAAACAUUUAACUUCACCUACACCACCACCUCCGCUGUAGUGGGUAACCUGCAGUUCGCCAGCAACUACGACUGCUAUGUUUACACAGCUAACCAGGUCGGCGUCGGAAGUGCUAGCAAAGUGAGGACCAUCACCACAUUGGUGCCGCCUCCGGUGAACAUCUCAGCAGCACAGACCGGCUCGACCACAGCUAGGGUGACAUGGCAGCCCGUGAAGGACGUACUCUUAUACAGAGUCACCAUCCAGUACCUCGAUGACCCCACCAGCAUACCAUUUGUGAAAAAUGUCACAGACACCAAGCUGGAUGCUCAGAACAUCUUCCCAUGUUCCACUUAUCUGAUAUCAGUGUCUUCAUUCAACAAGUUCCUGGUGCCGAGCGAACCCAGAAACUACACAUACACCACCAACAAGCUGACACCAGUUGCGUCAGUAGAGCUGGACUACUCCUGCACCACUCAGUCUGUCAUGGUGUACUGGUCAGUUGUGCUGGGGGCUGACUCCUACAUGGCCACGGCGACAAGCGAUAAUGGCACACAGCUGACUUGCACCGACCAGAGCACCAGCUGUCAGAUCACCGGACUGAGCUGUAGCCAGAACUAUGUGGUCAACGUAAUACCCAUAUCAGUUACCUGCAAGAACCCAAUAAAUGCCACCUCAGCCACUUUUCAGACUGUCCCCUGUGCUCCCAAGAACCUGACGCUGUUCCGAGAAUGCUCCAGUGACGUCAUCAUCUUCUCUUGGGAACAUAUGAGCAAUACAGACCACUAUUUAGCCACCUCAGUGGACUCCAAGGGAGAGGUCCAGGAGUGUCUGACCGUAGACAACACAUGCUACUUCACACACACAGUGUGUGGACGACGCUACUACUUCACAGUCUACGCAGUCACAGGGGAGUGCAGUAGCCAGGUUAGCUCCUCUGUUGACAUUAGCACAGCGCCCUGUAUUCCCCAGAAUGUGCAAACAUUUGCCACCUGCAAUUCAGACGUUGUGCUCUGCAGUUGGGACAUUGCAGAGGGGGCUCUGCACUACACUGUGGAGGCCUUUGGUACCAGAGAACGCAACAGUUACUACAACUGUAGCUCACAGUCCAACAGCUGUGCUAUUAAAGAUGUCCAGUGUGGAGAGUACCUGACCAUCUAUGUCACAGCUUUUGAUAAUGAAUGUGCCAGUCCAUGGUCACUGGCGCCUGUGGCUGAGACAGCCCCGUGCCCUGCACAGAAUGUAUCAAUGGUGAAGGAAUGUGAAGCACAAUCUAUCACAGUGACCUGGGACCAGCCUGGUGGUGCAAUUUUCUUCAUGGUCAUAGCAAAGGACAGUAGUGGUGUUACUUACAACUGUAACACCAUGGAUCUGACCUGCAAGAUUAAGGACUUGAAUUGCAGCACCAUCUACACAGCGCAUGUCAUUGUCUCCAACUUUCAGUGCAACAGCUCUGAAAGCCAGGCACUCACUUUGGGGACAGCUCCAUGCCCACCAACCAACUUGAGUGCCAGUGCCGAGUUUGGCACCGACUUGGGAACGCUGACCUGGGCACCAAGUGCAAACACUGUCUCGUACACGGCUACAGUGACUGGUACCCAGGGCCAUGUAGUUUCCUGUUCUUCCAACACGACAACCUGCUCAGUGAAGCUGGAGUGUGCAUACCAGUACUCAGCAGUUGUGGUAGCUUCCAGUGCAACAUGCAACAGCAGCAGAGGAGCUAAUUUUACAUUUAACUCAGCUUCCUGUACUCCUGACAAUGUGGUCGUAGACCUGAACUGCAGUGUCAACACCUUUGCCGUGCAGUGGAAGGGGAGCGCCGGUUCCACUGGGACAUAUAUGGCGAUCGCCACUGGCAACGGGACAUAUGCAACUUGCAACACUACUAGCUCCAACUGCACCAUCACAAACCUAAAAUGUGGCCUCACCUACAGCAUCUACGUCACUACAACAUUUGGCAAUAUUGGAGCUAUGGAGGGCUCAGGCUACAUAGUGCAAUCAGCACCAUGCCCUCCUCAGGACCUCAAAGCCAGCCUGAACUGCAGCAACAAUGUGGCCUCUGUGUCGUGGAGCUACAGCAAAGGAGGACAGCUUUACAAAGUGAGAGCAGUGGCUACUGAUGGCCACGAGGACCAGUGCGUCUCCUAUGCUAACCAGUGUGCUCUGACUAGCCUGUUCUGUGGACUGUAUUACACUAUUACUGUGACAGCAGAGGACAUGAACUGUACGAGCAAACCGAGUGAGAGUGUGACAAUCAAGACGGUGCCGUGUACCCCUGCACAGAUCUCCUCUAUGGUGGACUGUCAGACCAAUGCUCUGACUGUGUUCUGGUCCAAUAGCUCAGGAGCUGACUCCUACAUUGCUACAGUGCAGGACAGCCACGGUCUGGCCACCACCUGUCAGGGCACAACGACAGGUUCGUGCAGUGUGACGGGACUCAGCUGCGGUCAGAUCUACCAUAUCUCAGUGGUCUCCUCUGAUGGACACUGCAACAGCACGCCCACUCCUGUGGCUGACACACCCUCAGCCCCCUGUCAAACAAGAAAUGUCGGGAUAGCGUACGACUGCAACACGCAGAUCGCCACGGUGUGGUGGACCCCCACUGCUGGAGCUUGGUUGUACUCUGUGACACUCAAAGCAGCAUCAGGCUACACCGUCAUCUGUGAGACCAGCUUCUCCUACUGUGAAAUAGAUUAUCUGCUCUGCGGUCGUAACUACUCUGUGUCUGUUCAAGCUUGGGGAUGGACAUGCAGCGCCACCACUUACUUGCACCAACAACUGGCCACUGGGCCGUGCAGCCCUGGACAGAUCACUGCUCAGUACAGCCCGUCGAUCGGCCAGGUGACGUGGGGCAGGGCAGCUGGUGCUGAUUAUUACACAGUGAAGGGGGUAACAGAGCAGGGCCUCACGGUCUCCUGCGUCACCAGCAACACCUCCUGCGCCUUGUAUAACUUAAACUGCGGCCAGUCGUACAGCAUCAGCGUCACGGCAAACAGCUAUGCUUCAUGCCAAGACUUGUCCACCUCAAAUCAAAUAGUUACAAUUACAACAGAGCCUUGUCCACCUAACAACGUGGAGGCCAGCUUUCCGUAUCAGAACAACACUGCAACCGUGUCGUGGGAGGCCAGCCUUGGUGCAGUGGGCUACGAAGUCUCUCUUGCUGGGAGUGAUGGCCACUCUCUGUCCUGUUACACUACAGAAACUUUCUGUAACAUAGAAGGGCUCCAUUGUGGAACUGUCUACUACAUCUCCGUCAUCGCCAUCGGCCGGACAGUCAACAGCACUUCCUCCACCACUGUCCUGCUGUCCUCAGCCCCCUGUGCACCUCAGAAUGUGACAGCUGUUACAAAGUGUGCUGAAGGCGCCAUAGCUGUGUCCUGGUCCCUCAACCUUGAUGUCCAGUACUUUAAUGUGGUGGCAGUGAGCAACACCGGGGCGAGACAGUACUGUAACUCAAGCAGCACCACAUGCACUAUAUACAAUCUACCAUGUGGACAGAAGUACAACAUUACUGUGCUGUCUGUAAGAGAUGGCUAUCACAGCAACCUGGGGGCUGUGGUAGAGGCUUCCACAGCUCCAUGUGUGCCCAGGAACACUAAGGGCCAUCUGGACUGCAUAUCAAACUCUACCUGGGUGACCUGGGAUGACUCAGAAGGGGCCCUCAGCUACUUGGUAUUUGCCCGAGCGGCCACAGGUCACAACUCCAGCUGUAAUGCCACCUCCUCUCUCUGUCAAUUGCCAGAUCUGAAAUGUGGUACACUUUACAGCUUCUCUGUCACAGCUCUCAACAAAGACUGUUACAGCAAUCAAAGCACCCCCUUUGAGCUUCAGACAGGUCCGUGUGCUCUGAAUUCCGUCAGUGUGAUGACAGACUGCAACAGUAACACCAUCCUGGUUGAAUGGGAGCAGAUAAUGGACACAGGCAUCUAUGUGGUCACUGCUGAAAGCCAUGGCCAAACUGUCAUUACAUGUAACAGCUCCUCCACUUCAUGUGUACUUCAGGACGUUGGCUGUGACAUGGAGUACAGCAUCAUAGUAGCAGUAUCCUCUAAUAAGUGCAGCAGCGUCAGAAGUUCACCACAGAACAUUAAAACAGUGCCCUGUCAGCCCUCUGGUCUAGCAAUGGACAGUGACUGUAUGACCGGCUCUGCCAUCCUGUCUUGGAAUGCCAGUCAGGACGCUGUGCAUUAUUAUGGCCAAGCCCAGUCUAUAAAUGGAAACACACUCUAUUGUGACAGCACUGUCUCUUCCUGCACCUUCAAAGGCCUGAAAUGUGGUGACAUGUUCAAUUUCACUGUUAAAUCCUCUAACAGCGUUUGCAACAGCUCAUUCAGUAUACCACUGCAGGCGGGAGCAGUUCCGUGCCCUCCGUCUGCCGUGCGUUUCCGGCUGCAGAAUAUCAGUCAGGAUUACUGGGUGAUGACGACCUGGGACAGCGUUAACUGCUCUGAUGUUGAGUACCUGAUGGAGAUAAGUGGUCAAAUCCAGAACAACCCAGAGGCCCUGAUACAUUUCUCUUCUUACUGGGUACCCAGGAGAUACUUUGAGGUGCCGUUACCUUGCAGCACAGCUUUUAACCUCACAGUAUGUGCCCGAAACUCAGCCGGAGUCAGCAAGCCUUCUAGUACCUUAACUGGAUUUACAGCGCCCUGUGCUCCACAGAAUGUGCAAUACAGUGGUAACGGUCUGUCUGCUGUGCUGUCCUGGAACCCAUCAGUGUUUGCCAGUAGCUACACUGUUUACGGUGUAUUAGGAGGUGGGCGCGUUUUACUUUGCAACACCACCGGGUUCUCAUGCACAGUGACCUACUAUACCUAUUACAGUGCCAUUGAAGUGACAGCCAGCAAUGCUGUGGGAGAGAGCAGCCCUAACCAAAUUAUUACAGGUCCAGUGGGUACUCGCAGAAGAAGAGAUUUAGUUGAAAGUACAGGUCUUGAAAUCCCAGUGGUGCAGAAUUUAACAGCAAGUGGAGUUGCCUUGUAUGUGAAGUGGACAGCAGUUAAGAAUGCAACCCUGUACAUGGUUGUCAUUAAGGAUGAACAGGAAGCGCACCCGGCUAUAGAGAUAAUAGUGCAAGGUGUUUUUUAUAUUGCGAAUGAGCUGAAGUCCUGGACCACCUACUGUGUCACGCUCGCAGCCAGCAACAACAACAGCCAAAGCGACUACUCCAUGCCACAGUGUGCAACCACUGGAGCCUCCAAAUGAAAUACCGCAUGUCAGCUUACAUUAAACUAGAUUCAGUAGAAAUAUGAUCUGUCUUCUCCACUUUUUAGCAUCCAUAAAAAAAUUGUUACCAGUUCAGUCUCUAAAGAACCUUUGGUGCAAAACUGUAAAGCUGUAACAGAACUGUUGUUUGAGUAUGUCUUACAUGUCCAAAAUAAAUUAUGCUCAAAAUUAAUGAGAACAGUUAAGAGUUGAAUGCUUAUGAAUAUACGUUAGCAAUAACAGACAGUGUUUAGUACAUUAUAACAGCAUGUGGCAUUAUAGCUGUCUAAGUACUAUUGAAAUUGUAUUUAUCAAAAAUUGUUCUGUUUUUGAGAUACCUUAGAUUCUCUGCAUAAUUGUUAGACUAAAAAGUGGUGUAAACAAAUAAAUAUAAUUUAUC